AUGACUGAAAACACCGUCAUGCCUGUCUGUAAUAGUUUACCAAAUGGCAGCCCAAAAACGGAAGCGCCAGAGACUUUCAAUCAUGUAUCUUCAGAAGAUGUUAAAAAAGACGUAAAUGAAGAGAAGGAGAAACUGAGUGAUAUGAAUAAAAAUGCUUUACUCGCUGUCUUGCAAUUCCUUAAAAAACACAAUUUGCAAGAAACUGAAGCUGUGCUGCGUAAGGAGACAAAAUUGUCUGAUGAUGGUAAAAUAGCAGAAGCAGCUCAAAAUGGAACUGACGUAAGCAGCGUGUUAGCAACAUAUAAAAGUGAAGGGGACCCCGAUAUUUAUGAAGACACUUAUGUGAGUUUAAAGAAAUUUAUAGACUCUGCAUUGGAUACAUACAAACAUGAACUUUCAAUGAUACUAUAUCCUGUAUUUGUGCAUAUGUAUCUGGAACUUGUAUAUAAUGAGCAUGAAGCUCAAGCUAAAUAUUUUAUGGAUAAAUUUGGCUCAGAGCAAGAGGACUAUUACCUUGAAGAUAUUAAAAAAUUGUCUUGUUUAACAAAGAAAGAUCAUAUGAAAGGCAAUGAAUUUAUGGAUAACUUCAGAUCUGGGCAGUUUACUGUAAGGAUGUCAAGAGAUACUUAUAAUUUUUUGAAAAGACAUUUGCAAGAUAAAAAGCAUAAUGUACUUCAGAACAUUAUUCAAGAACACCUGUAUUUAGAUGUUUAUGAAGGAAUUUCUAGAACUAAGCAACAAAUCGAUGGUACUGCAGGAGCUUUGAUUGGUGAAGCAGCAAGGCAAGCUAAUAAGGCCAAAGUCUUCUAUGGCUUAUUGAAAGAACCAGAAAUACAAAUACCACUUGAUGAAGAAGAUGAAAGCCAAGAAGGAGAUGACAAACCAAAGAAAAAAAAACCUAAAAAAGAUCCUAUGCUAUCUAAAAAGUCUCGUAAUGAUCCCAAUGCUCCUCCUGCAAACAGAAUACCCCUUCCAGAGCUGCGUGAUGCUGAUAAACUGGAUAAAGUAAACGCAAUACGUGAAUCCUUGAAGCGAGUUCGUCUUGGUCCAAACAGUUUGCCAUCAAUUUGCUUUUACACAUUUCUGAAUUCUCAUCAAGGCAUUACAUGUGCAGAAAUUUGUGAAGAUUCAAGCCUCUUAAGUGCGGGAUCUUCUGAUUCUCUUGUUCGUAUAUGGAGUCUUAAUACAAAUAAGUUGAAAUGUAUGAAACCUACAUCUGAGUUGGAACAAGUUGAUAAAGAAGCUGAUGAUGUUCUUUACAGAAUGAUGGAUGAAAGAAAUGCUACUGACAUGAGAACACUUACUGGACAUAAUGGUCCAGUUUAUUCCACUAGUUUUAGUCCUGAUAGGAAUUUGUUACUUUCUUCUUCAGAAGAUUCUACUGUUCGUCUGUGGAGUUUACAAACAUGGACUAAUGUCGUAUGUUAUAAAGGUCAUUGCUUUCCUGUAUGGGAUGUUAAAUUUAGCCCUUAUGGCUAUUAUUUUGCAACCUGUGGUCAUGAUCGAACAGCUAGACUAUGGGCUACUGAUUCUCAUCAACCAAUCCGAAUAUUUUCUGGGCACGUUUCUGAUGUGGAUUGUGUUCAAUUCCAUCCAAAUUCCAACUACAUUGCUACAGGUUCAAGUGAUCGCACAGUGAGGUUGUGGGAUGUCAAUUCUGGGAAUUGUGUCAGGUUCAUGACAGGUCAUAAGGGAACUGUAUAUACUUUAGCAUUUUCUACUUGUGGUCGAUUUUUAGCAUCUGCAGGUGCUGACAAGAAAAUAUUAAUCUGGGAUAUUGCUUAUGGCCAUCUUCUAGCUGAGCUAAGUAGUCAUACUGACACUGUAUAUUCUUUAUGCUUCAGCCGUGAAGGCACUGUUUUAGCUUCUGGAGGUUUGGACAACUGUAUUAAAUUAUGGGAUGUCACAAAAUUGCUAGAAGAAAUAGAUCUUGAAGAUUUGAAUAUUUCACAUGCACCCAAUGUAAAGCUCAAUACUGAUGCAUAUCUCUUAGGCUCAUAUCCAACAAAAUCUACACCUGUACUGAACUUGCAUUUUACUCGGAGAAAUCUUUUGCUGGCUACUGGGAUGUAUCACGGUUAGAGAAACUUACGUUGUAAACAAUGGCGGCUCGUGGGAGGGGCCAGAGGGUGCUGAGGCCAAGAGAGGUACUCGGGCCCCCUCAUUUUUUUCAGACAAUAACUUUUUAUUUAUUUCCUUUUUUUCUGUGUGUGUGUGUGCGUACAUGCUCAAAAGUUAAAAAAAAGGAUUGUACCAUAUUUUUAUGCAUACAAUGCGCAGAUUAUCUGUUUAAAAAGUAAAAAUAAUGAGGUGCGAAUUAUACGCUGCCGCAGAUUAUCUGUGUUUUUCCCCCUCAACACCAACACAUUGAACCUGUUAGCGUACUAUAAUGGCAAUUUAGAGAAAGAAUCACAAUGUUUUAGUUCAUUUUUCACAUUAGUUUUAAAUAUACCUUAAAAGUUAUUACUUCUUCACGUUUUUAAUUUAGUUGCUAAAACUGUAUGAAAAAUCAAACAUUUUUUUGCAUCGUACUAUUUGCGGAUUAUACAAAGAUUUUUUUUUCUUCAGACUGAUUUUAGAACAUAAAUGUGACCUAUAACUAUAACUGCGUUUUAAGGCUUCAAUUUCUACAAAUUUCCACCGAGUCCCCCAAACCGUACUUUCCCCUAUUAUCACCUUAGUAUGUUUAAAAUUGGGUUUUCAAAACUACAAGUUUCAAAAUUGAGAAUUUUUUUGUCUGCAUAAAAAUGCUGAAUCUGGUUCGUGGGUGCCAGCAGAUUCAUAUGUAGAAAGUUAAACCCACAUGUAAAUCGCUAAGAUUUUUAAAAAAAAAAAUUUUUUUUAAUUUAGUUCAUCGAUUUUUGUUUCAUUUAUUUUAAAGUGAAUGCUGAGAUGUAUUUUCAUCUUUGUUAAAAUUAAUUAAUUUAUAAUUUUUACAUAUUUCUCCGAUCAAAAUAUUUUUGCACUUUUGUAAUUUGGCCUUGCUUAAAAUAAAAUUAAUUUCACUCAGUCAAAAUAAUUAGCUAUUAUAAGAUUUAAAACAAUAUUACUUUUUAAAGUAUUAGAUUAAUAUUGCUUUUUAAGAUGUAUUUCUUUAUUUUGGAAACUCGGUUAGUGAAAGGGUUCCCUUGCAGGGCCGAAAAGCGUACUGGACAUAAACAUGAGAUUUAUAAUUUUCGUGAUGUAUUUUGUAGCUUUUCCCAAUCUGUUUAACUAAAUUUUAUUUUUGAAAGUCGGGGUGACAUCACCCUACCGGCAAUCAUGGAUAUACCCAUGAUAUUAAUAUCUUUUGUGAUUUACUUAGCAGUUUUAAGUAUUUUGUAGCUUGUCCUGUGUUUAAAAUGAAUUUAAUUUAUUUAACUCAAAUAAUUAUUUUAAAAAAGUUUAAAUCUAAAAAAAAAAAAAAAUCCAAGAAUGGGGGGGGGGGGAAGCCAAGUGCACCCAUGAUCUGGUCCUCUCACUUUUACAAUCUUUUACAAUACACGAGCCGCCUCUGAUUGU